ACCCAUAACAGCUGUUGGUCAUAUAACCUCAAUGCAAAGUUUGUUUUUGUGUUACGCCAGAAAGACCAAAACUUGAAAAUGAAUUCCUUAACCAAAGUAGGAAGUUUCGUGAAUCAAUCUCUGCAAUUUGCUGGUUGUGGGUUCCAGCAAGUUCGCAACAAAUGGGCCGAUUGGAAAAUGAUACGUGAUGUUAAACGCCGCAAAUGUGUUAAGGAAAAUGCUAAGGAUCGUUUAAGAGUAAAUGCCAUGAGAAAGAACGAUAUACUUCCACCCGAGUUGAGAGAAGUAGCGGACACUGAAAUUGCUGCCUUUCCCAGAGAUUCCUGUUUAGUGCGUGUACGUGAACGCUGUGCGUUGACAUCCCGGUCUCGAGGCGUUGUGCAUAACUAUAGGCUUAGCCGUAUUGUCUGGCGCCAUUUGGCCGAUUAUAACAAACUAUCGGGAGUGCAAAGAGCCAUGUGGUAAAAUAUGGGAUGUUUGUGGUAAUUUGAGUGUUUUUAUUAUAAUAAUGAAAUUGUUUAAAAAUAAAUAUUAAAAAUAUUCAUAGAUUGAAAUUAAA